AGAGAGAACGAGCAAUAGGACUUCAUCAUCCUCAUCACCUUCAUCAUCCUCAUCACUGGCUGAUCAGCCAUGCGAUUGGUCAGUCUGCACCACCAUGUACGGAGGGAGGCGGAGCAUGGGUCAGAGCCUGCCCCGGGCCCGCCCCCUCCCUCUCACCACUCCCACAACUUUAAUGAAAUGAAGAACAAGUUCUUUAAUGAGCUCGGACACCUUCCCAUGCCCAUGUGGGCAGUAGGUGCCAUGGUGGUGGUGGUUCUCGCCCUCGUCGCCUGCUGUGCUUUCUGUUUGUAUAAAAAGUGUUUAGGAGAAAAGAAAAAAGCGAAGAAAGUGAGAGAGAGGAAGGGUGUGCGGCGUGUGAUGAAAAAGGAGAAAGAAGGAGAAGAGGAAAAGGAGGAGGUGAAGCAGGAAGAAGACAAGGAGAAGGAGUUCUUUGGAAAACUAGAAUACACACUGGAUUAUAACUUCACUGAGAAUCAGCUGAUAGUCGGAGUGCUUCAGGCCCAGGACCUUCCUGCGAUGGACAUCGGCGGGACCUCGGACCCCUACGUUAAAGUCUACAUGCUUCCUGACAAGAAGAAGAAAUUUGAGACUAAAGUUCAGAGAAAGAACCUCUGUCCUGUUUUUAACGAAACCUUUAUCUUUAAGACGCCCUUCAACGAUUUGGCCGGACAGACGCUCGUGCUCCAGGUGUUCGACUUCGAUCGUUUUGGGAAACACGACGUGAUCGGGGAGAUUAAAAUCCCCAUGAACAGCGUGGAUCUGGGCCAGCCGAUCCACGAGUGGAAAGACCUGGUGGGAGGAGAGAAAGAAGAGCAGGAGAAACUGGGUGAUAUCUGUAUUUCUCUGCGGUAUGUGCCAACCUCUGGGAAACUCACUGUGUGUGUGAUGGAGGCCAAGAACCUGAAGAAGAUGGACGUGGGUGGUUUAUCAGACCCGUUUGUGAAGGUGGUUCUUCAGCACAACGGUAAACGUCUGAAGAAGAAGAAGACGACGGUUAAACAGAACACACUGAACCCUUACUUUAACGAGAGCUUCAGCUUCGAGAUUCCCUUCGCUCAGAUUCAGAAGGUGCAGAUUCUGAUCACAGUGUAUGAUUACGAUAAACUGGGCAGUAACGAUGCAAUCGGAAAGUGCUGGAUCGGAUACGGAGCGAGUGGCGUCGGACUGCGGCAGUGGUCAGAAAUGCUCGCCAACCCGAGACGCCCCAUCGCCCAGUGGCACACCCUGCAGCCCGAGGAGGAAGUGGACGCUGCGCUGAAGGCACCGAUACGCUAAUCACACACACACACACACAGCAUGUAGUCAUUAAAUGUUCAAUGUUGUGUUAAUAUUUUGUUUCUCUGUACAGUGAAGCCCAACGUACACACACAGUCUUUUGAUGAUGUAAUUAGAGCACAUUCAUACCAAUGUGUGUGUGUGU